GUGUCAGCAACAAACUAUUGCAGGUUUUAUAACAGGCUGGCUGAGUCAUGUCUCGUAGAUAUGAUUCCCGGACCACCAUUUUCUCACCUGAAGGCCGCUUAUAUCAGGUAGAGUAUGCCAUGGAGGCUAUUGGCCAUGCAGGCACAUGUCUUGGGAUUUUAGCCAAUGAUGGAGUACUGCUGGCAGCAGAGAGGCGGAAUAUCCAUAAGCUGCUGGAUGAGGUUUUCUUCUCAGAGAAGAUCUACAAGCUUAAUGAAGACAUGGCUUGCAGUGUUGCCGGAAUCACUUCCGAUGCUAAUGUGCUAACCAAUGAGCUGAGGCUAAUUGCUCAGAGGUACCUACUGCAGUACCAGGAGCCAAUCCCAUGUGAGCAGUUGGUGACAGCGUUGUGUGACAUCAAGCAGGCCUACACACAGUUUGGAGGGAAGAGGCCGUUUGGAGUGUCUCUGCUGUACAUGGGCUGGGACAAACACUACGGCUUCCAGCUGUACCAGAGCGACCCCAGCGGAAACUACGGAGGGUGGAAGGCUACUUGCAUCGGCAACAACAGUGCGGCUGCAGUAUCCAUGUUGAAGCAGGAUUUCAAAGAGGGAGAGAUGUCACUGUCUUCAGCCCUGGCGUUGGCCGUCAAAGUGUUGAACAAGACCAUGGACGUCAGCAAACUCUCGGCAGAGAAAGUGGAAAUAGCCACCCUGACCCGAGUAGAGGGGAAGACCCUUAUCAAGGUGCUGAAACAGAAAGAGGUGGACGAGCUGAUCAAACGACACGAGGCGGAAGAGGCCAAGGCGGAGAAGGAGAAGAAAGAGAAGGAACAGAGAGAGAAGGACAAAUAAGCACUAAUUUCUGUUUCAUAGUUCUUCAAAUUCCUGUGAUGUCCCCAGCUUGCCUCUUGUUUCUGUCUUUUUCUUUAAUAAAACUAUUGAAACA